AUCAUAUCAGUGUCACAAUAAACAUUCAAGUAUGAGCAGCUUCAUAACAGGUCUUGUUUUUCUUUGCACAGUUUUCCACGGAAAUGCUCUGCUCUUCAAUGGACCACAAUCCAACGCAACAUCCACAUCCACAUCCAAUGGACAAAUGGAUCCAACUGUUCAACAACAGCUUCAAAAAAUGCAAACUGUUUUGGAUUCUGCAUUGAAGGACUUAGCAGCUUUGCAACAGGAGAACCGAUUACUUCAGCAACAGCAGCAAAUCUAUGAGCUUAAGCAUUCUGCUUUAGAACUACAGGUAAAAUCCUUAAAAGAAGAUGUCCAAAUGCUGAAAACCUUAAACCAAACUUUACAGCAGAGAAUUGUCCAUCUAAAAGACUCUCUCCACCAUGUACAAAGUGAAAACAAAAUCUUGAGGGAUGACCUACACAAUUUGAAUGUCACCUAUCAAACAGGUUUCCAAGAAUUGAGGAUUGAAAGCCACAUAACCAAUGAGAUUGUACGCAAAAUUAAAAUCCAAGAUCAAGAAAUUACAAAAAAUGUGUCAGCCAGUCUACGAAGUCAACAACUUCAGAUGCGGUAUUUAUCAUUGUCAAUUCUGGACAUGCAAAACCUCACCACUGUUCUAAACUCCAGACUUGAUGACCAACAAAACCAAACAAUGGAAGAGAUUCAACAGCUCACAGACACCUUAGACACCACUACAGCAAAAUUAAAUGCUUCUCUUUCACACAUUGCAGCAAGUCAAGGGCUCUAUGUAGCUUUUACAGCAGGAUUCAGUGAUGUUAACUGCUGUGGGCAUGCAUUUGCUACUGGUCUACCUGUUAGAUUCAAUUUAGUAUUAUACCAGGUGGGAGGAGGAUAUGAUCUUUCCACUGGAAUUUUCACAGCCCCAAGGGCUGGGCUUUAUGUCAUUUUCAGUACAGUUGUAGCACAUCGCUAUGGAUCCUUCUGGUCAAGAAUAGUUAUCAAUGGUAGUGAGAAGGCAGGAAUGAUGGCACACAAUGAUGCUAAUAUUAAUCUAGUUCAGUCUGCCUCCAACCUCAUUGUACAACAGCUACAGGUCGGGGACAGAGUGUGGAUAAAGCUUUUUGCAGGUCAAAAUCUAUACAGUGCUGUUUCAGAUGAUACAUUUUCGGUGUUCAUGAUCAACUAAAACUGUAAAAUGAUGGCCAGGUGAAUUAGACUUGUGAAUAAAAUGUAAUUGAAAUCUAUAAUACAAAUAACUUGAU